CUGUGGCUAAAAGCUAGUUUACCUGCAACACUCCGACUGCCUUCUAGUUCCGGGUUAAAGUCAAUCACAUACAAUAACGGUGGAUUAAAGGCACUCAGACAUGGAGAAAUGUGAUCUUAUUGAUUUCUCAGCGCUGGAGAAGGAAAUGAAACGCGCUGUAGAAGCGGAUAAAAAAUACCAGAGAGAAAACGACGCCAAAUUCCGCGCGAUUCACCAAAAAGUCGCCACUUAUGAAGAGUUCCGGGACAUUGUGAAGGCAUCUCACCUGAAGCCUUUAGAUAAAAAGGACAAAAACGCACCACGGAAACAACCCUGGAACCCAAUCAGUACCGGAAACACAGAACUGAAACACACCGGUGCAGACUCCCUGGAGUGUGUGCUGUGUGAGUUGCAGCCUCGCAGCGCGUCGGAGUUCGUUCGAGACUGGCGCAGGUUUAAGGGCAGCUCGGUGGAGAAGUACACGUUCCUGCUCAGGCUGGGUGGAGAGAAGCUGAGGGAGAUGUUCCACAUUGAGGUGGACGUCGGCCUCCUCGGCGAGUUCCUGAUGGUCCUCUGUCAGUGUUUCAGGUCCGGAGACGAGGCGGCAGUGAUCGGAGUGCUGGAGGGACUUUCACUGACCGGCCACUUCGGCCUCGGAGUCUCUAUGCUGAGCGAAGAGGAGCGACAAGCGUGUGAGCGUCUCUUCUCCAACCUGCUCGAGACUCAUCCCAACCUCGCUGAGGCUCCUGAGAGCCAGAAGGAGCGAUGUGCAGAGUGUGAGACACAGACACAGGAAAACACGGCGCAGGAUGAUGGGACUGAGGCGGCAGGGAAGCUCAGGGGUUUGAUGGAGAAGUAUGGAGUUUAUGGAAAUGCAAAAUAGACACCCGGUUCCCUGGAAGAAAUAAAAAAGCUUUCAAAUGAAUAAAUAUUUUUUUAAUGUUCAUUAUGUUCCUGGUGGGGUGGCACGGUGGUGUAGUGGUUAGUGCUGUCGCCUCACAGCAA